AAAGAACUUGCAAAUUAUCAGGAAGGUGACGUAAUCCAAUGGGGGAUCCCCUGACGCGACUAGCAUGACAUAUGCACGACAUCAAUAUCACUGUAUCUUCAGUUUUAAAUUUCAAACCGGAAAAUUUUGAUAAUUGGUAUAGGGAAGAAACCUAGUUAGUUGUGCAACAAAUGUACACGUAGAAGCCUUUUACGAGGACUUAGCAAAUCAAAUGAGACAAAGAAGGUUCAAGUUUAUUGAACGUCUAAUUCAAAUUUAUAAUUCGGUCGCCAAAUACAGCGUYGCGGCCAGUUGCUUGACUGUAAUAAUCGAACUAUAAAUGGCAUAUCUUAUGGAAGAAGAAGACGUGUUUGUUUCACAUAAUUCAGUACCAGCCAGUGCCCUACAGACUGGAUCUUCUGGCAGUCUUCCUGCCGCUAUUCAUUCUCAGGAUUUAGAGUUCCUUACAGUUGCUCGUUCACGCAAACCAUUAUCCCAUAAUGAUUUGCCCUCAGAACUGCAAGGCAUUCUGGAUAAUACGAUCAGGAAAUAUGGAUUAUCAAGAUCAUUGACUGGUACAAGUUAUGAAUCCGGCUUCUUUUCGGAUUCACCUGCUUCAAGUACUUCUUCACUUUAUCAGAUUAAUGAAGGACAAAAGGCUACUUCGGAGGCUGAGUUUGGUUUCCCUGAUCAACAUGAACUAGACAACUUUAACCGGAAGAAAUUAGAAAUUCUUUUUAAUGACUUUGCUGAAGAACUCGGAGGAUGCUGGAAAGAGUCAGGAAGAUACCUCUUGAAAAAAGAGUGCUCUGUUGAAAACAUUAAUGCUGAUUAUAGCAAAGUCAGCGAAAAGGCCUACCAAGUUCUGCUAAAAUGGAAAAAAGAAAACGGAGCCUAUUCUUCUGUUCUUGAUCUCUUCAAGUGUUUUAAUCACAUUGGACGAGAAGAUGUAGCAGAGAAGGUGAUAGAUUAUCUGCCAAAACGCAUACAAAAUGCAUGUCGGAUGAUUCUCCUGUCRUCCCCAAAGAAAAUUAGGUGUCCUUCAAUGACUACUGCAAUCCAUAACAUCAAGGAAACAAUUCAGGAUAUGUCGGUUGAAAAACAACUGAGGGUUGCUGAUGAAGAGGAAAUCCAUCUGUGUGUCAGUAAAAGUUCCGGCAAGAAAUAUCUCCUCAAGGAAGUCCAGGAAGGGCCAGACAACUGCAUCCUUGCUGCAAGACUGGCAAUUCCAGAGAAACAACUUGUUGCAAAGAAAAGACAGCUCCGAAACACGUGCGAUUUCCUGAAAGAGACUAAGAUCAGAGAAGACACAGUCAACCGUUUGAAAAAAAUCGUAGAACAACUGCAGUCCAAGCUGAAAAAAGACUACUUUAGCUUCUGUAAAGAAAACGUGGAUUGCACCAACUGUGAGAAAACCAAAACAAAGCUGGAGCUUCUAGAGAAAGAAUCAUCUCUAUUGCAUCACACGCUGGAUAAGAUGUUGAGUGAUAACAGGAAACUAUCGAUCACAGGGAUCCCAACUGAUAAAAUUUACAAUCUGGCAGAAAGGRCGUAUGGGAUCUGUGAAGACCACAAGGAAAUGCACUCGGAGAUAAGAAAGAUUAAAAGACGGUGUAGUCAGGAGUUCCUUGAUGUAAAACAUGAAAUACAAGAACCACCAGAUAAAGGUGAAGAAGAAGUGGAUAACUUGGAGAUUGACGAUACCUUAGAGUGCACUUUGAAUAUUCUUCAACAUUUUGCCCGAAGAAGAAAAGUGGUCCAGUCUCUUACCCCCAAACGGCGUAAAGAAUCCAAGGCAGUCCAGCGGAAUAAAUCAGACAAGUCCAAGUCUCGCUCACGUUUCUAUGUGUCAGUUCGUGACUCAUUCAAAUACAAGAAAGAUAGCACAGCACAAGCCACGCCAUCCGGGCUUACUAGGACAGACUCGAAGGAAAGGGCGCUAUAUAAAUCAUCAUCAUCAUCAUCAGAACUGACGUUWUAUACGACUGAAAAAGUAAAGCUGAAGGGAUCUUAUUCAUAUUAUUUCCAGAAAAUCAAAAGAUCCUUCAGAAGCAAGGACUCCAAACUAAUCAGGAGAAAGAAAGGUUUCACAGAAAAUCCUGAUUUCCAGCCAUUCCAUCAGUCAACCAGUACUUCUCCUGCUGCCUUAGUACGUAGGAAUGGAAAUAAGACUGACUUCCUAGGCCCCGAAGAUCUAGAUCUCGAUGAUCCCAGUGAGGCGCACAGUCAAUUUUUUCGCGCCAAAAAUACUGACUCGCAAGCGAAGUCGCGUGGUACCACACUUCUUAAUAGUUCCARCACUAUAAAAUCAUCUCAUAAGAAAAUACACAAAUGUAACAGUGAUCCAUACAUUCGGGAUAUAAAUAGUACAGAGYCACGCAAGAUGAGUCAAGAGCGUGACUGUCACGGAGAAGCAGUACUUGAUAUUUUAAAGCAGGAAUACUUUGAGAGAGAAAGAAGUCAAAGUGAUGUUCAGACAAGAAACAAAAAGCAGAGUCGCGUUCAAAGAAUGAGGAAACCAAUUAAAAAGCGUGACAAAUGUUUUGACAAGAGCCAACCACAAGAUUCUUCAAGUGACAAUCUAAGCAAGAAGCGUGACGAGUCCUUACCCAAAAGCCAAUUAGCUGCCUUGGGAGAUUCCUCACGCGACAAGCCUAGUGAGAAGCGUGACAAGGUCACCCCCAAGAACCAAUCAGAUGUCUUUGGGGUUUGUUCCAGUGAAAAGCCUAGAGAGAAGUGUGACAAAUCCUCGGACGUGAGCCAAUCACAUUCCUUAGAAGAUUCUCCAAGUGUCAAGCCGAACAAGAAACGCGACCAACAGAAUAGCCAAUCACAGUCCAGCAUGAGUGUGAUUAGUUCAAGAAUCGUAUCGGACAAAAAUAAYAAUCAAGAAGAUACGACAAGCUGCGAGAAUGUUAAAUGGCUGAGAGACGUUGACACCGAAGACAUUAUCUUCGUUUAACAAAAGAAGAGAACCCUGAAUCGUGAUUGCAUUCAAGGUGUAAAUAUGUCACCAUCACAUGUAAGCAAGCUCUAAUAUAAUAUUUUAUUAUGCUAAGUUAAAUCUUCUGUUUUAACAGUGUGUUUUAUAAUAUUUAAUUUGUAGAAUUAGAAGUUAAGUUAAACUAUUGACGAAUGUUAAAGUGCUACUCUGACGGAAAUCGCUCAAACUUGGAUUCAGCUGAAACUUCCUAAGAAUACUCUUUAAAGGUCCAAUAAUCACUGUACGAAGUGUUUUCUCGAUAUUCAGGAC